AUGUCAGACGUUUACACCAUGCUGCCCUCACCAGACAUCAAUGUAGAACCUCUCCAGACCCGUUUAGUUGGUGGACGUGGAUCCUUUGAAGGCCGAGUUGAGGUUUACUACCAUCUUUCCUGGAGAACUGUCUGUGACGACGGUUUUGAUCUAAAUGACGCCCAUGUGAUUUGUCAUACAUUGGGAUAUCCAAGAGCUUCAGCUUAUAACUUAAGUGCAUCCUUUGGUGAAGGUACAGGCGAAAUCCUCCUGGAUAAUGUAGAGUGUACAGGAACUGAGUCAAACAUCGCAUUUUGUCGACAUAACGGUUACUACAAUCACAACUGUGGGCACCAUAAUGACGUAGGGGUCAUCUGCGACGGCGUCGUUUCUACACGUAACUUGUACUACUACAAAAGAGAAGGGCGGGUGGAUGUUAACUAUCAAGGUUCAUGGGGAACUGUUUGUGCCGAUGGCUUUGGACUAGCAGAAGCGAACGUGGUUUGUAGGAUGGCAGGUUAUACCUUUGCCGAGUCUUACUCGUCAUGCUGUCCCUAUUUUGAAGAAGGAGAUGGUGACAUUCAUCAUUUCAAUUGCACAGGAGAAGAAGUGAAUAUUGGACACUGCAGCCACAAUCCUUUAGGAACCAACAUUUGCGGACACCACGACGAUGUUGGAGUCACAUGCACAAAACUUCCAGUUCGCCUUGUCGGUGGCGAUACACCGAAUGAAGGGCGAGUCGAGGUGCUGCAGCCAAAUACCCGAAGUUACUGGGGAACAAUUUGCAGUGAUUCCUGGGAUAUCAACGACGCUACCGUGGUUUGUCGAAUGUUGGGAUAUCCUGGGGUUUCUUCUGCAAUGAAGAGCUUUGGCCCAGGCUCAGGGGACAUCAUCCUCGACAACGUCGAUUGUGAUGGAUCAGAAACACAUCUUACACAAUGCAACCAUGCUGGAUAUCUGGUUCAUAACUGUGACCAUAUUGAAGAUGUUGGUGUUGUUUGCAGCGGGCAAGCCGAGCUCGGGGUUCGUCUAGUAGAUGGCCCUGAUGAGAGCCAGGGACGUGUUGAGUUGUUUUACUUUGGAGCAUGGGGUACUGUAUGCCAUUAUAGCUGGACGCUUCUAGACUCGCAUGUUGUCUGUAAAAUGUUAGGAUUCAUCGGUGCUACAGGAUAUUCAAGUUCUUCAACAUACGGUCCAGGGACGGGAGAAGUAUUGUUACGCAAUCCUAGAUGCACAGGGAAUGAAGCAAGUCUUCUUGAUUGUAAUCUGGGUUACAGUUUUGGUGUCACAUACUGUUAUGAUCAUACACGCGAUAUUGGAGUUUCUUGCUUGAAAUGGGAUGAUCUUCAGGUUCGUCUGGUCAAUGGAAGAUCCAACAAGGAAGGCCGUGUAGAGGUCUUAUACUCCGGUACUUGGGGGACAGUGUGCGAUGACAAGUGGGAUCUUGAAGACUCUGACGUGGUUUGUAGAAUGCUCGGAUUUGAACGGGCCGAGAACUUCUCCUGCUGCGCUGGCUUUGGACCAGGAUCUGGACCUAUACUGCUGGAAGAUGUGGAGUGCGAGGGGACGGAGUCAAACAUAGGCCACUGUCGAAGAAGUGCGUACGAAGUCCAUAACUGCGACCAUUCGGAGGAUGUUGGCGUAUCGUGCAUCGAAUACGAAGUGGACCAAGAAUCCUCUACAACUAUGGCAGCGGAGACGACAGAGACGCUUUCUUCUAAUGACGGUAGAAAUAGCAUAUCACAGGCUGCCGCAAAGGGUACAAUCGGAUUCCUCUCUGUCUUAGUCAUUGGUAUUCUACUUGUUUGUAUCAUCAUGACAGUAGUGAUGCAGAAAUACAGACGCAUCGCAAUGAAUCGUCAGCCUUCAAAUCCAAACUGUUACGACGGACCACAACGCGGGAAAGAUGGCACCAUGGAGCUUAAUACUGUCUCUGGGUCCAGGAUCAAAGACGAAUCUUCAACCAACCAAGCCGAUAUGUAUGAAUCACUUCAACAUGUUGACAGUAGAGAUUUAUCUUAUGAAAAUAUUCAGAAACGAGAUAAAUAAACGAAUUAAUCGAAAGAUAUUCAACAUGCACUGUUUCAUAAUGCUUGUCAGAUCUGAUAAGCUGUCAUUAUCCGACAGUUGCCAAUAAGAGGACAGUGAUUUCGUGUUAUUCAAAAUCAAAAGAUCUUUUAACGUUUCCGGACCUUACUGGUGACAGCUACCAUGAACUGGUGCUUAAAAAUAUAUCGCAUCCCGGUUGGUUCUCACACUCAUAAUUAAUGUAAACUUUAAUUAAUAUGAAAUCUAGAUCUUCAAUAUUGAUCGUCGUCAUCAUCAUCAUCAGCAUCAUCAACAUCGUUAUCAUCAUCACCAUCAUCAUCACCUUCAUCGUCAAUCAUCAUCAUAUUCAAUAUUCAUACUCAUAGUCAUUCAUAAUAAUUUGUUGAUAUAUCUUCGCUCAGUGGACUUGGCGGCAGAGCAGUGAUGUGGUAAGCAUUACCACUCUGCACGAGUGGGUAAUCCAGCCAUUCAAUAUGUAUUAAUCGUAAUUUUAUGCUGUAAAUAGCUGAGCUAACUCUUUUUUUUCGUUUGGGGUAUGUUUUUUUUUAUUUAAUACAAUAGGAAAAUUAUAUAUGUAUUCUUUAGAAAGGGUUUAAGUGUUGCUAAUCUCAACCGUACCUAAGAAAUUGAUAUUUUAGUUUUUAAGUCUAUGUAUUUUCCAAUAUUCACUAAGAAUGGGUUUCCUCUUUAUUGCUAUACAUAUCCUGCAUGUACAUGGUGUUCAGAAUGUUAAUUUCGAAAGGAUAAUUUCACCUAAAUGCGGGUUAAACCAUGCAAAAAAAAUUCUUGUGCACACAGUCCCCACUGACACAAUAG